CAGAGACAACGAAUCAGUUGUCCAAUAUUCACCACGCAAUGGAUAAAAACCCAGUGUAUGAGUUUGAUAGUUACAGUGCUAAGUCCCCGCUAUCUGACAGCAGAACCAAUGUACUACAACCUACAAGGUCCAAGCAAGCCACAAGACCUAAGAAUUCUUGUCGGACAUGUGCAUCUGCAACCUUUGCCGUAGUGGCUGUGCUUGCUCUAAUGAUUCUUGCUGGAGUGAUAGUCACAGUUAUUUUGAGACUACAGAAUGCAAAAUCUGAGUCUAACACAGAGUUUGCUUCACUGAAACAGGAGAUGGAAAGUUUGAAAGAGUUUAUGAUUCAACAAGCGAAUGUAUCCAAUGAACUGACAAAGGUUAUCCAAGUUCAAAAAAGUGAAAUUGAUUAUCUGAAGCAACAUUUAAAUGAAAGCACUAUCGAGUUACAAAGUGAGAUUGGAUGUUUGAAGCGAAACCUGAAUGAAAGCAUUUAUAACUUACAGACACACAUUCAGACAUUGAGUCAGAAUUUCACUACUGAAGUUACCAUUGUACAACAAUUUGUGAUGGCAAAGAUUAAUGAAACAAAGUACAAUGUGACCGAACAAAUUAAUAUCCUCCAGACAUCUUCAAGUGAGAGCAUACAAGAACUGAAAUUGCUACUUUGUACUUUAAAUGUGACACUAACAGCUGAGAUUGAUAAUGUCCAUUUGGAUUGUAUGAAAAAAGCUAACGAAACACAGUACAGCAUUUAUAAUGUGACACAAGAAAUUAAAAUCCUCCAGUCAUCUUCAAGUGAGAACAUCCAAGAACUGCAUUUGUUACUUCGUGCUUCAAAUGAGACAUUCAUUUCUGAGAUUGAUAGUGUCUGGGAAAGACAAAACCAGAAUGUUCUCGACUGCAUGAUAAAGGUAAACGAAACACAGACUGAAAUAUACGAAGAAACGCAAAAAAUUGAUGAUCGCAUUGAUCUACUUGUUGAGAAUUUUACGUCAGAUGUGGAAGCAAUCCAAAUUCAAAUUAGCACUAUCCUGAACACCACUGGCCUACUUGAUGAACAAAUUGUUGCGAAUAUUACGUCAGAUGUGGAAGCGAUCCAAAAUCAAAUUAGAGAUAUCCUGGCACGGAACACCACUGGCUCACAAGAGGGACCACUAACUUGCGAAGGACUUUCCCUACCCACCAAUGGAGGAUUCAGUAUAGAGGCAGGACCUAACUCACUGAGUGGUGGACUGGGCUCAGUAGCUACCUACACAUGUGACCCUGGCUAUGCUCUAGUGGGACAGAGGACCAGGACUUGUGAGGACACUAACGGAGGAACAGUCACCAUAGGAGCAUGGAGUGGAGAGCGUCCAUUUUGUCAAGAAAUACUUUGCUUGGAGCCUCCCACACCAGUAAAUGGAGAUGCAGUAUUGAGUAGCCAAGGGAUGAGUGUGGGCACCACUGCUAACUACUCCUGUGACUCCGGGUAUGUUCUUGUCGGCCAGGCAAUCAGGACUUGUGAGGAUGUUAAUGGAGACAUAAUUGGAAGAUGGAGUGGAACUACGCCGAUUUGUGAAGUGAUUAUUAGAUGCCAGCAGUUGACUCAUCUGACUAACGGAGAAGUCAGUGUUUCCAUUGGCACACUCGGAGUGAACCUUGGUGUGGGAGCUGUAGCUACCUACUCCUGCAGCAAUGGCUAUGGACUAGUGGGACAAGUUACCAGGACGUGUGUUAGUGAUGGAGGUAGCUCAGGAAUAUGGAGUGGGAGUGAACCAACGUGUGAAGAGGUGAUCACAUGUUCACCACUUGCACCUCCUGUCAAUGGAACCCUCACGUUCACUCCUGGUGUUGAUAACAGCAACAUUGGACUGGGAUCAGUGGCCACCUACUCCUGUAACCUCGGCUAUGUGCUAGUGGGACAAUCUAUAAGAGAAUGUCUAACUACAAAUGGUGGAGCUUGGAGUGGAUUGGUCCCUAUAUGUGAAGAGGCUGUCUUCUGUCCAAUACUAACGGCCCCAGGCAAUGGUAGUGUGACUAUCAGUUCUGGUGUCAACCCCCUCAGUGUGGGGUCAGUGGCUACCUACUCAUGUGACCCAGGUUACGCCCUCCUGGGACCCCCCACCAGGGCUUGUGAGGACCCAAACACUGACUCAGUGGGAACAUGGAACGGAACAAUGCCAGAUUGUGAAGUGAUUCUUUGCCCUGAGAUCAUGGCCCCUGUUAAUGGCACCCUCAUCAUUUCCACCCCCUCACCAACCCAACCUCUUGGUGUGGGCACCACUGCCACCUACUCGUGUGACCCUGGCUAUGUUCUGGUUGGUGAUCUCACUAGGACUUGUGAAGACCCUGGAACUGGAACAGUAGUCGGAACUUGGAGUGGCUCAGAAGUGGAUCCUACAUGUGCUAUACCAAACAGAGCUCUCAUGGACUGUGAGGAUACAACAUGUCGAUACGAACAGCUGGUGUGUCCCGAUCGAGACAACUGUACAAUAAACUGUAAUGACACGGAACCAUACGCUUGUUUCAGGACUGGUGUUGUGUGUCCGAGUGUGUUGGGAGAUUGUAAUCUCAAUUGUGAUGAUUCUUUUGCAUGCUUACAAGCUAACACCACAUGCCCUCAAGGGAACUGUAAUGUGAACUGUCCGAGUGAUUACUCAUGUCAAAAUUCAGUGAUGCAAUGCUCGGGUGACAACUGUCUCCUAUCCUGUGAGGGCCAAGAAUCAUGCUCGUAUUCAACUAUCGAAUCCUCAGGGGAAAACUACCUACUCAACUGCGAAGGACAAGAUUCAUGCUCUUAUUUAGACUCCGAAUGUUCGGGUGAAAGUUGCCGCACAAAUUGUUACAAUGACCGAUCAUGCUCACACUCAACCUUAGACUGCUCUAAUGGAAACUGCAGCUUACACUGCACUGAUGAGCAUUCUUGUCAAUAUUCGACAAUGAUGUGCUCACAGGGUACCUUUUGUGAUGUGAAUUGUAUCAAUGAAGUGCGAGCAUGCCAGCAGUCCGAAUUUGUGUGUGAACAAGGCAGUACCUGUGUCUUCAAUUUCGAUGGAGGGAACAAUGGUGACUAUAUUGGCUCGAGUACAGACAUCACAUGUGAAGAGAACAGUACCUGCAGCAUCAGGUGCACUGGACUGCGUAAUAAUGCUAGUCACCAAUGUUCUAAUGCUGAUAUCAUCUGUCCCACGAGUAAUGGAGAGUGUACUGUUGAGUGCAGUGGUUACUAUUCCUGUCAAUUGUCACGCAUUACAUGUGGACCAAAUAGUGACUGCUUAACUUGUAGCGGAGAGUCGUCAUGCCGUGAAUCAACUAUCACACUACAAGCCGGUUCAAAUGCACCUAUUAUGAACUGUAAUGGCCUUUCAUCUUGUCAAUCCUCUCGUAUCACUUGCCAAGCUAACAACAAUUGCAAUAUCAACUGUAAUGCACAGAACUCGUGUCAAUCCUCUACCAUCAUUUGCCCAACUAACAACAACUGCACUAUCAACUGUGAUGGCCAGUAUUCCUGUAAUAAUGCUCGAGUGACCUGUCCCACUGGAGACUACAACUGCAACAUACGCUGCACUGACCCACUGUCCUGUCAAGGCUUGAGUAUCACCAACACACACAAUGUCAACCUGCUCUGUUGUGGUGGUCCCACUGCUUGUGCAGGAACGAGUGUGGUACCCACCUCCAUCGAAUGCCCCUACAUUAAUUAACUGUUGAUUGACGAAUUUCGUUGACUGUUGUAACUAAAUGUACAUGUCAUGUGACAUUAAUUGCUAAUCAACUGAACAGAAAUUGAUUUUAGUUUUUAUACAUGAUUUGUAUUAAUUUUUGUCUAUAGUUGUGGGUUCUCAUUUCUUA